UCAUAAUCAUACCUCCCAGCAACAUGCCUGGUGGUAGCGCUUCUUCUCGAAAUGAAUCUUCGACAAAGUAUGAGCCUGGGACGCCCAUUCGGGGCAAUCAGGGGAAUGAAUCCCGUCUGAGACCUAAGCGGACUGUCAGGGCUCCUGCGCGUUAUAAGUCUGCUCGUGAAGAUGUGACUGGGACGUCUGUUGACGUUCACAUUAUUUUCGAAGCCACGAAGAAGAAGAAUGGAAAGUCCGCGGCUGCAGCUAACAGUGAUGGCGUUCUUCAUGCUGAGAACUCGAAGAACUCCGUAAAUGAUGAUCCCAGGGUUUCUGUUCGUGAAUACCCAACGACUGGACUCCCAUUCGAUACCCCCAUGAUCACUGUUUGCCCAUAAAAUCAACUGGUUGGUGGUCUCAUCGUCCCCAAAUGCUAUGCAUCUCUUUACACCAAAAUCUGGAGAAGGUACGGACAUAUUGCUACUACCGAAGUGUGGAGAGGUUUUCCGCAGACCUUACUGACCACAAUCGCUGGAUUAUUGCCCGUUAUUGAUGAAAUGGACAAGAUAAGGCUGCAAGAUGUCAAGAAUGAAGAGUUUCACAGAUGGGAUGAUAUGAUCUCGAAUUGUGAAGUCUUGCGAUUCAACAUAAGCUGGCUCCGUCGUCGACUCGAAAUCAUUAAGGUUGAUAAGGCGACUGCCGUUGCAAAUAUGAUCUCUACUAGGUACGACAUCAUAGAAGAGGAGAAGACACUUGCUCUGGAAUCGGCAAGAGUUGAGAAAGCCGUCCAGGAUUUGAGAUUGAAGAAUGAAAACUUCCAAAAGAUA